AUUUUCCUCAACAUGUUGAGAUCCACUUUGAAACCCGCCAGAUCCAACCGCUGGGCCCUUGCGAUGAGAACCAACAGCACGGCGGAACCUAAGGCAAAAGUACCGGUAAAUGCCCUCAAAAAUGCGGCCCCGUUGUACCCGCCAAUCGCUGAGACCUACCACACGUUUCUCAAUUUGAAAAGCGCAGAUAUUGCCAACAUGUUUUUCAAGAGGGACAAACAGUUGAUGGGGGGCAGUCUAGUCCACCACAAGGGCGGUGCCCAGCCCGUCACCUUCAACAGCUUCCAGCUCUUUUUGCAGUGGUACCAGGCGUACGCGACAGUUCAUUCUGAAGGCUUACAGCCGAUCCGCCAUGAGUUUUCCACCCCCAGAGCCAGCAUGGAAAAGUCCACGGUGGAGGCAUUGCAGGCGAUGAGCGAGCAGGGCCAGUUUGAAGACAUGAGCGUGACCAAGGUGGAAGAGCUAUGCGAGGAGUUUGAAGCAGAGUUCGCCUUCCAGAUGUCCAUCACCCCCCAGAAAUCCAAUUUACUUGUGGCUGACAUGUUACUCUACUUGUUACAGAGAGAGACCAGCGAGUCUGUCUUCCAGGCGGUCUGCGAGUUUGUGGCGAACCACACGGGCCAGUUCAGAUUGAGCUCGCUUGACAAGAUCGUUUCCCAGUUGAUCUACACCGCCGGAAAGAGUGAGCACGCGUUAACUGCCGUUUUAGAUGCUUCACUCGAGGCUGUGCUCCACCACCACCCCAAUAUUCUCGCUAAAACCGACUUGGCCCUCAUUGAGACGUUGACUACGCUCUACAUUGGUACGGGGGACUUGAAAAAAUCCACUGCUUGCUUAGCUAUUUUGAAUGAAAACGGUGUGGCGCCAAAGGUCCAGACGGCUGAGACAUUUUUGUACCUUUUGGAACAAAACCCAGAGGCUAAUGUGAACAACUACCUUGCGGUCUUGUCUGGCGUUUUCUCCACCGCUUUGACCCCGGUGAUGACUAGUUUUUUUGUUAACCAGAUCACGAACUUUGCCGAGUUGAACGCACUUUUGCACUGUAUCGAGUCAUCCAGCGAGGCUGCUGCUAUUUACGCCGUCUGCCAGACGGAGCUUAUUGAGGUUGUAUUCCUGUUGGAAGCGUCGCAGUCUGAGAUGACGGGGCCGGUUAUGGCUGCGAAGUUGGCUGGGUUGGCCCACAGAAUCAAGGCCCAUGCGCUGGUUUCCGACGAAUCUGCGUUCUUGCUUGCAAAGUACCACGCCUACUAUGGGAGUAGCAUCGGGGCGAGAAGAGCUAUUGCCGAUUUGGAGCUAACGGCGGAGCAGACUGCUGAAAUCAAGGAGGCAUUUGCAGCGGGGAAGAAUGCUUUACCGGCUAGUAAUGUUCCAGGCUUUGGAGAGAGACACCAGACGGUGCUAAGCGAGCUAUAAACGUUGUGUAUUUGUAAAUAAAUGUUAAUGAAUGGAAAAGAAUAGGGCGGCCG